GGAAUGGGACAGAUCCAUCCACCCCUGGCAUUUAAAGGGAUUUAUUCCUGUUGUUUUUUUCUUAUGCCAUAAACUUAAAUGUUGUCACAUUGACAGUGUUCAGGGUCAUGUUUGAUAUAAAUGCAUCUAAUGCAACCCAUUAUAGAGUUAAAAAAAAGGCCCAGUGUACCACAACCAGUUCGAAUAUGUUGAGCAGUACACGUGGCAUGCUAUGAGAUUAGUCCCCACUAGGGGGAGACAACGUUCCUUGCGCUGGGCAUUGUGGGUUGUAGGUGUUUUCCGCUGCAUGCUGCGGAAGAGACGAGAGAGGAGUUUGUGUGGCAGACAGCAGCAUCAGGAGCUUUCCAGGUGAACCAUACAACGACUCUGCUGACAGCUGCGACUGAACCCAACGCAAGGCACACCAGAGUAAGCGGGACGACCCGGGACUGCGUAUCAGGACAUGGCAAACAACAGUCUAAUGAGCGUUGCGGAGGACGUGGCGGACCAGUUCCUGCGCGUGACCAAGCGCUACCUGCCGCAUGUGGCUCGUCUGUGCCUCAUCAGCACGUUCCUGGAGGAUGGCCUGCGCAUGUGGCUGCAGUGGCGCGAGCAGAAGGACUACAUCGAGGCCACCUGGAGCUGUGGAGCCUUCCUCGCCUCCAUCUUCGUCAUCCUCAACCUGCUCGGACAGCUGGGUGGCUGUGUUCUGAUCCUAAGUAGAAACUUUGUGGAGUACGCCUGCUUCGGCUUAUUCGGCAUCAUUGGUCUUCAGACUAUCGCCUACAGCAUACUAUGGGAUCCGAAGUUCCUUAUGAGGAACCUUGCGCUGGGUGGGGGGCUGCUGCUGUUGCUGGCGGAGUGUCGUGUGGCGGGCCGGACGGUGUUCGCGGGGGUCCCCAGCGUCCGGGAGACGUCCCCUAAACAGUACAUGCAGCUGGGCGGACGCGUGCUGCUCGUGCUCAUGUUCAUGACCCUGCUGCACUUCGACGCCAACUUCUUCUCUAUCCUGCAGAACCUGGUGGGCACAGCCCUGAUUGUGCUGGUGGCCGUGGGCUUCAAGACCAAGCUGGCGGCGCUGACACUGGUCAUCUGGCUGCUCAUCAUCAACGCGUCCUUCAACGCUUUCUGGAACAUUCCGUCCCACAAGCCCAUGCACGACUUCCUGAAGUACGACUUCUUCCAGACCACGUCGGUGAUCGGCGGCCUGCUGCUCGUGGUGGCGCGCGGCCCGGGGGGCGUGUCCAUGGACGAGAAGAAGAAGGAGUGGUGAGGAGCGACGCCAGGUCGCCACGACAACAGACCCCCUCCUCCAGGGUCGCCAAGACUACAGACACCAGGACGACGCCCUCAACCCAGCACCCCAGGACCAAACCCCCCCCCCACAGUUGUUCAGGCACUUUGUUAAAGAGAGCAGAUAUAUCUCUAUUUCUCUACUAUGUAUUCUACUCCUCCAUAUGACACGUGAGCGUCACCGUUACUUGUGUUUCUCUGAGUGUGUCUCUG